CGUUUGAUUAGGAAAGAGAAUGUCGAGCUCCACCGAUGUAUCUGGAGAAUUCUUGCUGCACUCAAAGAAUGUAUCGACGACGAUCAUACCGUCUACCAGUGUUUACAUGGAUUCGGAUUCGGACUCUGACGAUUUCAAUGGCGAUGAUUUUUUCGACGCCGGUGAAGAAUUUAGACAGAAAGAGGGUGUGAACAGGGGCCUGGUGGCUCCUCUGGCUGACCUAGAUGAUUAUUACCCACAAGCACUGUUUUCUUUGGCCAACUUUAACUUUAAUCAUAAUACUGAUUUCGUAUUUCAAAGGAUUGUGAGAGGAUGGCUUGGUGGACCCAUUGAACAAUACCUUAUAUUUGAGGCAAGCAGUCCUCGCAUUGCAGGAGGCACUCCUUUAGUUUUCCAAUCUUACUUUUAUGACUUUUAUGGUGGAUUGGGAGGGGAGACCUUGGAUUUCUGCAGGCUACACCCCAUAGAUUGUACAAUUACCCUUGAAGAUCUUCCUGGUUGCAGUGAAUGUGACAAUCCUCCUGACCAUACCGAAGAUGUAGUCCAUAUGUCUUCUGUUUAUGCUACCUUCAGCUAUGGCAAUUGGAAGAGCCUUCAAUUUGGCCUCGGGAACAUUAUCAGCUUUGAUAAAAUUGUAGAACCAACUUUGCUUGAGGGCUUUGCCUUUGGAUACAAGAUCAUCUUUAGCGCUUUUGACAAAAAAGAUGUCUCUAGCGAGCUUAGGACUUGUGAAGCAGUGGUGGUGUUUAGACAAGAUCUAAGUGUAAUAUCGGUCAGAUCUGUUAUUGAGAAAGAGAAUCAAAAUGAAACGAAGGUAGAAUUCUUAUAACUCUAAUUGAAGAUGUGAUGUGAUGUGCAUGAAAUGUCUUUGCUAUUUUUCUAGUAUACAAGUGUGUCUCUGUUUGAUAUACAUGGUUAUGACAGUUUGUUAUAUUUUGAGACUUGAUCAUGCAACUGAAAAUAGAGGAUGACUUGAUUUCA